CUAUUGGCUGUGGUUUUCAAUUGGUGGAGGAGGGAAUUUUCUGUAGCGGAAGACUGAGUCUGCGUGGAGACGGGGCUCCGUCUAUGUUGUCUGUGACGUUAUCAGACGGCGACACGCCGCGACAAAGUAAAAUAGACAAUCCAAGAACUCGUGAUUUUCUGAGAGAAGAAAAUGAAGGCAAGACGCGCGUUGCAUUUUGUCUUCAAAGUCGGCGACCGAGCUCAGACCAUCCGUUUUUACCGAGAGCUACUGGGCAUGCGCGUCCUGAGGCAUGAAGAAUUUGAAGGAGGUUGCAAGGCCACCUGCAACGGUCCUUAUGAUGGCAAAUGGAGUAAAACUAUGGUCGGCUACGGACCGGAGGACGGCCACUUCGUCGCCGAGCUAACAUACAACUACGGUGUGGGGAAUUACCACCUUGGCAACGAUUUUCUGGGGAUGACCGUUACCUCGAGCCAGGCUGUGAAAAAUGCCAGAAAAUUGCAGUGGCCCCUGAUGGAGACCUCAGCUGGCAUUUAUGAAUCAGAAGCUCCGGGGGGAUAUAAGUUCUUCCUGGAAGACAAAGAACGACCCCAAGAAGAUCCAGUGCUGAAGGUGACGCUGGCUGUAUCCAACCUGUCGAAAUCGGUGGAUUACUGGUCCAGAUUGCUGGGCAUGAAAGUGUACGAGAAGGACGACGGCAAGAAGAAAGCUGUGCUCGGUUACGCCGACAACCAGUGUAAACUCGAGCUGCAAAGCAUCGGCCAGGAUGUAGAUCACGGCACAGCCUUCGGACGCAUCGCCUUCUCUUGCCCGAAGGAAGAGUUGCCUGUUAUUGAAGCCUUAAUGAAAAAGGAGUACCAGAAGAUUUUGACGCCUCUGGUGAGCCUGGACACGCCCGGGAAAGCAACGGUGCAAGUCGUCAUUUUGGCCGAUCCUGUAAGUGCCCUUAAAAUAAAUAUGUUACUGGAUCAUGAGCCAAGCUUUGUUUAUUUCCAGUCCCUGCCUUUCAGAGAUAGACUACUACCCUAUUUCCCCCCAAAAUUACGACCUACCCUGAAAGUAAGUCCUAGCUUGGUUUUUU